GCCAUGUACCGCGUUGAAACUCUACUGGUAGCUCGACGUCGGUGCGGUGCUGAAAACGUACGUAAGACUGCAAGUACACUUUGAAACAGAAAAGGGCCACAUAUUCAAGGAGCAAAAGUCCCUACAUUUUCUCUCUCGCGCCUGCGCACAAACGGUUGGCGAUCCCUCAUAUGAACGUCUCGUGUGAUUUUAGGACGCGGAUCUCUACGUUGCAUGCAUGGUCGCAUGCAUAGAGUUUCUCAGCAUAUUACAGCGAAAAACUCCAUGGUUGCAUGGGGCAUUAAUAUAACGAUUUUGGUAGUUUAUGAAUGCGUCUUUAGGAGGAGAGAUUUCGAGUCGUGAGUCUAUAUAUUAAGGCAACGGUGAAAAUGUCAUGUGCGAAACUGCGGUGCAGCAUAGCUGCUUUUAUUUUGAGCUAAAACAAAAUGAAAACAAGCGUGCCACAAGUGCCUUUCGGUGGUUUUAAAAACUUCCCAAUUGAAAUGUGCAAAUUCGCUUGGCUAUUGUUGAGCAUUUGAGUGCCCAGCUCUCGACGCCUGGCACUUGUCUCGACGUUCCGCGCCUGUCUCCGCGAACGCUUGAGGCUCUUCGAGACGCUGUCGUCGACGUUCUCCCAUCCAAGGGUGGAUAACAAGGGAAAUCCACUCCCAAGCAAUGUGCCAGGAUGCACGAACUGCUGGCACAAGUUUUGGAGAACCGAGACCUGUCACGGGCAGGUGACCUGUUCUCGGUGGAGGACCAAAAGAUUGUGGGCGACUUGUCGGAGGUCCUGACCAAAAUCCGUGACAUUGCCAGUGGCUCAGACUUCCUCCACAGUGACAACAUCCAAAGUGUGGUUGAGAUCUGCAUCACCAGGGUCACAUCAGCCAUCCGGGACACUGGGACCAUAGAGCAACAUGCACAUGCUCUUGUAGCACUGUUGGAGUCCUGCCUAAACCAUGAUCUGCGUCCGUCAUCAAAAGAUGAGGAUCCGCCACACGCUAAGAUCGCUUCAGACAUUGUCAGCUGCAUCUUUCUGAAUCAUAACAAGAAGUCUGUAAUGAAGCUGGCACUUCCUGUGGCGAUCAAGUUCCUGCACCGAGGCAACAAAGAACUGAGUCACAACCUUUCCCGCUAUCUUUCCCUGGCUGCUGUCAACAACGCUGAGCUGCUGUCCCCGCACGUGCAGCCCAUUGUGGACAGCGUUAUCAGUGGCAACUACGCCCUUGCCCGAGUGCUGCCCUCCAUUUACGUAGUGAAGAAGGAGCCUAUCCAUGACCACCUGAUGGCGCUCAUUUCACUGCUGCCCCUGUGCGAGAGCUCUGACAAGCUCAACUUGCUUGCUCUCUUUGAGCUGGUGGCCAAGCACAAGCCCUCUCUUCUGGAGAGCAAUGUGCCCCAGCUGAGCAGUUGCUUAGGCAGUCCAACCACGAUGGGCUCUGUGCUGAAGAUCUUCCAAGAGCUGGCAGCGGCCAAGCCCCAGCUGUUUGCCGAGUACUUGCCCAAGAUGAAGGCGGUGGCCCUCGCUCAACCAGUCCAUCUCACCUUGGUGGCGCACAUCAUGGCUACUGUGGGACGGCUGAGUGCGGAGCGUGCCCAGGAGUGCUUGGAGUUUCUGGUUAGCCAGCUGUCCAAAGGAGACCACAACACCCAGCUGGCACUGCUACGGGAAGCCAAGCACCUAGGAGAUGCCUUCCCUGCAUUGCUUGCCCCAUGCUUGCCACAGAUCUGCAGUCAACUACCGGAGCCAGUGGCCUCAUCCACAAUUCGCUUUUACUUGCACCAGUUGAAGGCAGAUGCUGCUACAGCAGCCCACAGAGCACAGGUGGUUAACCGGACAGGAGGUGUCACGAUCGUCAAAGUUGGUGGCAGCAGACAUGAUCUUUCAUCCAACCGGGGCGCCACCAUGCCGGCUGUGGCGGCAGGGCGUACACCAGUGGGCGGUGCUGCUAGUCAGGCUUCGAGGGCAGCUGGCACGUUGGGUAUCUCAUCGCAGGAGGCCAGUGCUCGUUCCCUGGGCCACCUAGGUUCGGGCCAGCUUGCCCAUCGGAGCAUGACCCGGUUGCCCUCGGCAAAUCACAUGCACCACGCAGCUCCUCAUGCACAGAGCAACAGCCGGCUGAGCUCUCCAUGUGGCCUGCACAUGAGCAUGUCGAAGCUGAGCUCCAACUCACCCGUCAACCGGAGCCUCUCUGCACUCAACAGUCGGCACAACCUAAGCUCAGUCCCAGCGCCAGCAGCGCACACAAGUCGUGUGUCCAGCUGUGGUGUCACUGUCACAACCACCUCGGCCCACAAGAGCAUGAGCAUUCCAACACUGAUAGAAGAAGCACAACCAUUGCCAGUGAUAGGUCGUCACCCUGUCCUGACUGUGUCAAUAACCAGCAAUGUGGCAAGGCGGGGGCCAGCAGAUCUGGGAGCUGGGGCACUUGAGGGAGGCUCCUCUCCGAAGGGGGCAGUGCCCAGUCCUUCCCCACCUCCGCUGGGACCCACCCCAUCGUGCUCUUCUUCGUCUGCCACACCGCCCCCCUACGCAGAAGGAGGAACGUCAUCUUCCUCACGCCUCGGUGCACCACACAGCGGCUCACUGAGCUCGGGCUGCAACCAGCAGCAUUUGAAGGGCAGCGGCGGAGGCACAAGCUCGGCUACUGAGGAUGAAACUAUGCCAGUGGUGCCACGCAAGGUAGCGCAAUCCAAUGCACAGAGGAUAUCGGUGUUUGAGCCAUACCCAAUGCGAGAUGCAGUGCAGCACUUCUGUGAAAAACACCUAGACAAGAUCAAAGCAUACAUGCAGAUAAUUUUCGUCAAGCUCCCACUGCCAUCUAAGUGCACCAUCGAAGAAAGGCGUGCCAAGAAGCAUGCCAUUCUGCAGUUUGCCUGCCAGGGUAAAGGGGAGCACUGCCUGUAUAACAAGAGCCUGUUUGUCAUGAAAACCAAGAAUCCACGCAUAUGGAUCCACCUAAUGUUCCUUGCACUGCAGGCUCGUUCUACAAGUGCCCUGAGUACGCGUGAGUCAUCUGUAAGCAGCCUGAAAAAUUGCUGGGACACACUGAAGUACGAUAACAAGUCAUUCCUAGCCUUGGUGACCUCAUCAUUCCCAUCUGCAAAGGACCAAGACAACCUGAUAGCUGAGCUGCGUAGUGAGCGCUUUUUCGAUGUGUUCGAAUACAAUGGACCACUGACCCUGUGGGGCUGCUUCCUGUGCAACCACCCUGACCGAGCCCAAGGUUUCCUCCAGGAAGGUGGCGAGCCAGUUAUUGAGGGGCAACUGAAGGAGAAGAAGAGAAAAUGGAAGUUAUUUCGACACUGGAGGACGCGCUACUUCACACUUUCGGGUGCACACUUGUCGUACAGGGGACUGAAGGAUGACAAGGAAGUGCAACCCAUUGAGGUGAGCCAGAUCAGAAGUGUUCGCCCGAUUGGGAGCCGGGGUCGCAACAUCCCCAAGGCCUUCGAGAUCUUCACUUCUGACAAGACGUUCGUGCUAAAGGCCAAGGACAGCAAGAAUACUGAGCAGUGGGUACAGUGCUUGUCCAUCGCCUUGGCUCGGUCACAUGCUAAGGAGGUUGCUCACUGACAGGGGAAGUCUUGCGUGAGGCUUGAAACUUGACGAAAGAUAAUGCACACACAGAGCCAAGCAUUUUGGAAAACAACAUGUCAGAGUAUGAGACAAGGCAAAUAACGGACAUGUGCUACCGUUAUUUGCUUCUUUCGUUUUUGCGGUGCGGUUCUUCACUAUGCAGAGUUACCAACCAACCCAAGGAGCUUUUUGUUCUCAUGAAAAGCUGUGUAUUCCACAGGAAGGGUUGCUUGUCUUCCAUCACCUUGACAUUCUUGUCAUGCAAAACUAUAUAUAUUGUGCAAGUUUGAAGAUAGUAUUUUCAAGGUUACAAAGCUUCUGCAAGCAAGAUGCAGUUGAUGCGUUUAUGUAUAUCUGAACACCAGUGUGCCUCUUCAUAUGAUGUUUACAGUUAAUUGUAGCAGGCACCAUUUUGCAAGCACUGUAUAAUUAUUGGUCCCAGCUUUCAGGUUGUACAGAUUUAUGAUGAGAACUUACGCCAGCCAUUCAACUCUUGAACUGUUCCUUUAAAAAAUUGUGCUGAAUAUCCGCAUACAUUUAUUCGUCUUAAUUUUUGCGCCUGUUGUGAUUUCAAAAAGCUACAUAUGCAAGGUCAUUGGAAGUGCAUGAGAGUUUGAAGCUGGGCUAUACUCCAUUUAAUAUUUAGUAGUGUGCAAUGCUGUGGAAGCUAUGCAACAAGUUUACUAAUCAAAAUUUAUAACUCCGUGUGUUUUGGGAUCAAGCUUCGUGGUUGCACAUGUUCGCACAAUCCCAGUGCGAGCCUGUGCAUGAGGCACUGUGAUGGGGUGCAGAUGAAAAAUCCGAAGAGGAAAACAAUGAUGUGCAAAUUGAUCUAAAACACCUUAUUAACAGCCAUAUACCUAAUACAGUUUGUUCAUUUUGAAGAUAUAAAGCUUUUUUCAUUUAGUACUGAGCCUAAAUAAAGUACAAUCACACCUAAUUGCUGGUAGAAAGCACCAAACUAUUUGUUUGUGCGAAUGCAGCUGCAGCAAGAAGUCUUGCUAGCCUUCACAGCAUUGCAUGCUAUGUAUGAAAUGGAGACUUAGUUUGUUUUCGUUCAACGUGGCAUUGAGUGCAGGCAUCCUGUUCAUAUAACUGAUCUGUGCUGUUAGCCAUGUUGAACCUUCUUGCCAUUGGAAGCUUAUUUUUCAGACAUAUCCAUAAACAGUCUGCUUUGUGUGCAUGCUUAUAUCAACCACCUAGGCUUUUGUUUUUCAUUCAAAAGCAUGUGCUUGGCAUGCUACAGUCCACACCCAAUGUUGAGAUACCUUAUUUCAUUCAAUUUUCAUUGUCGCACCAGGGGAGUCCUUCCAUCUAUAGCAUCAUUAAAAACAGGAAUAGGCAUGACUAGCAGCAUGAGAGGUGCUUGUGUAUGCGGACAGUGCAAGGUUUAUUCCAUGUUGCAAAAAGGGUGGUAGUUUAUAUCUUGUUAAGAAGUUUUUUACUUUCUAGGAUGCUAUAUGCCCCUAACUGCAAAAGUCUUUGCAUCAUGUGAUCGGCAAAAAUAUAUAUAUAUAUAUAUAUAUAGGAUUGCGGUUUUAUUGCAGCCAAUGUAGCUGUGCUUGUACGGACUGUGUAGGCUUUCCUGUGUGCGCACCACAGAGCAGUGCUGUUUUCCACACUGAGUUGCAAAUUGGUUGGAAAAUUUUGCUUGUUUGUGACUUCUAUGUUACGAAAGCUUUUGUGGUUGGCUGUAAAUGUAUUUUUUUUUUUUUUCGCUCCGUCUAAUUUACAAUGCACGUAAGGAGUAGAAGGGGUUGUGGAAUUUGAAGCCCAGAUUACACGUACGUUUGCUGGCCUGUGCAAGCUCACAUAUACAAGGGGGGUGCUUGUAAAUGUGAGCACAUAUCUGCACAUCUGCGAGGGGGGUGCUCGUGGAGGCAGAGAAUCUGUAUCAAAAGGUAUAGACACUUGCGCUGGCUUGUGUUGCCUUGAGCCAUGUGACCAGCAGAGAUUAAUCUGAGGACACAGUUGUCUGAGCAGUGUCUCACCCAUUGCGGUAUCGCCGAUAGAGGGCCCGACAUGGCAGCCAUCGCAUCUGUGUAUCUGCCGUGGGAUGCAGACCAGCCUGCUACUAGGCCAGCUGAAAUUAUGUCAUGGGAGGAUGCGCUUUCUGAUUUCUUCCCUGCAUUGAUUUUGCUACCCUGCAUUGAUUUUGCUACUCCAGAAAAAGAAUUUUUAUGGCUUUGUUAAGCAUUUAGUAAAACCUCGCUAAUUUGAUUGUCGUUAAUUUGGAAAAUGAGAUAACUUGUCCUCUGGUCCCGGCAGAUGUAUGCAUUAUUUAAUGGAAUCGAAUUUGGACAUAUUCAGCUGCACAGGGGUUAAAUUGUACAACUCUUUGAGCUUGGUGAGUGCGAAGCGCCACGAUAAAGCAAAAGCUGCACUAGCACCCAACCAAAACAAAGCAGCAGAGUUACAUUGCCUUAGUCAUCAGCGGACAUUGUAUGUGAACGACAGGAACACCGGAAUGCUUCGCGACUAGUGCCUUUAUAGCCUUUAUUGCAUUUAUUGCAGUACACAACACUGAAUUGUCCGUGUGUCUUCAUAACGGGGUACUAGCCAUCCAUGAUCAUGUUGAUAACGAUCACGGUUUCGUCCACAGUGGUUGCAGCAAACAGUAGUUUCAUUAUACUCGUUGUACGAGUCAGCUGCGUGCUUUCAAACCUGCGUGGUCACCAUCCAUGAUUGCAUCGAUGGCGGCCGUGGUUUUUUCUGCAGAGCUUAUGGCAAACAGUAGUUUUGCUUUGACUAAGUGUGAUGGUUGUGCAUGCAAUGUCACAAACACUGUGGCAGCUGUUGAGGAUGAAGAAUUCCAGCUACAUAGCAAUGGAUGGACGAUCUGUUGGCAGCCAGCUCACUGGUGAAAAAAUAAUUAGGAUGUGGUUGUGAAAAGCGCGUCUGGGAUAAAGGCGCAUGCCGCGGCAGCACUGCAAAGGCACUUACGAGGCCUUCAGCACUGCAAUCUCUAAUCAGUCAUGAGGGGAACAGAACUACAGCUUCCGCACAGCUUUUGUGUGAAAUAGAAAUAUGUAUUGCUGAUUCAUUCAAUAAACAAAAGCGCAUUGACAAAAUAAGCAACUAUUUAUUUAUUUAUUGAUACCCUCAAUAAUUCUACAUACGGUUAGUUCGAAUAUUUUUUUGGUCUCGUGAAAGCCAAAUUAAUGAAAUUUUCAUUAAGCUCAACACAAAGUGAUGUCUGACAUCAGGCCUGGCGUGUAUCCUAUGCAGAUGCUGAUUGUCAUUCCUUGCGAGGCAUGCAGGCACGUAAACAUGUAGAAGUGCACUGGCAUGAAUUGGCAAGCAUACAUGUAAUCUGGGCAUAAGGAGACCCUGAAACACUUUUUAAGCAUAGUAAGAAAAUGUUGCUAAUCUGUUCAUGAGGCUCCUGUGAACGUGUGAAUUAGAUAUUAUUGCACUGAAUGCAAUAAGGAAUUUACAAUCUCAUGUCAAAAGCUGGAAAAAAUCACUUGCUUUCACUUCCGCGUUGUCGUCAUGCAGCAUUGCAAGCAGCUGGACCCACAACAGCUAUUGGCUGAUUUCAUGAUUGUGAGAACAUUCUCAGUAAUGCAGUUGGGGCUCAUUUCAGUUAAAUAAAUGAAAAAUAUAUAUGUCUGGAGUCUGAAAAAGACACAAAAGCCAUUUAAUUUUAGCACUGCCAGUGUAAAAACAACAGUUGGGCGUUGCUAUGUUUGCUGCAUAUGGUUUCCGAGAUAAAAAGCAUCGCACAGACACUGUGGCCUCCACGGAGUGCCGCCACGAGCCGUCUUGCAUUAAACAUUUCAGAGCGGCCAGCGGGGCAUUGGUCCCUUGUGCCCCCUUGCCAUCAUCCCUUUGUAGUUGCCAGGAUGCUUGUGGAAAUGAAAGGAGAGAGAAAGCGGUUGAUCGGUCUGGUAACUAUGCCUAACUUCUCUUGUGCUUGAAGAAUAAAAAAAAUUUUUGCGGCAGGAGAUUCAUGAGGUGACAUAAUUUAAUAGUGAUGCCAUUUUAUGAUUAGUUAUAAAAGUGUCUCAGGGCCCCGUUAAUGAUUUUUUAGAGAGAGCUGUGUUUUGUGCCAUUGGUCAGAAAGAAGCCUGGCUAUGCUCAUCUCGGGAAAAAAACAAUGUGUCAUACUUUUAAGACCAGUGUGUACAUUUAAAAUGGUAAUGUUAAAGUUGCACUCUAGUUAUUAUUUUUCCUACUUGCUGGCAAGUAAGUUGGUGUCUUUUGCCAUUGUAUAAAAAUAGUUACAGUUACUGUCACUCACUUCCUUUCCACUGCCCUUUUAUUAGUGUUUAUCAUCACAACAUGUAUAUUUCAUGUCAGAUUUUUAAAAAUAGGUACAAGAGACACAUCAAGGCACACAUCAACAGUAAAAAAGUUGAUCCAACAUAACCUGCAAUUGUUGAACUCAUUUUCUAAGCACUGCCCUGGUUAGCCGAGAACUGUUCACUUUUUCAUGUUGUUUCUUUCUGAAUUUUAAAAAGCAGUGUUGCUUUCUUUUUUAUUCCAUAUUUGCCAUUCAACCAUGUGCCCACAGUGUUUAUACAUUGCUUUCUAUGUCAGUCGGAUCCCUCUUCUCUGUGGAAGAGUGCUUUGGUUACAAGUUUGUGAGGUCUAAAUGUGAUGUUUCACUUCUAUUUUAGCACUUGCACUUUUCUCUGUUUAAAGGACACGAAAGGGAAAUAUUAAGUCAAACUGAAAUAAUGGAUUAUUGCUCAAGAACAUCUAAUGUGUCAAUAUUAUUGAAAAGAAAACCUUAGUAACCGAGGAAUUGAGGCAUAUGUACAAGCCGACUUGAGACUGUAACAGGACAUUCUAGUACUAGCCUGAUGACAUAGCAACUCCUUACUAUAAUUCUUUCGCUAGUACUCAACCACUAAUAAUAAAAAGAUCAUUGCAUUGCAUUAUAAGAUGGGAGAAAAUGAUACUUGUCCAGUUAUGUUUUAUUCUUAUAAAAAAUAACUCAUUGGCAUUGCCCUUGGCAAUGAUGCGGCAGAUGGUCAAAAGGUUCAGUCCUUGCUUGACUGUACUCUCUCGUGUUCAUAGUUCCUGUAUUAUGUAGUUCUGUGGUUGUUAUGCUAUCUCAUGAAGCUCGCAUGAAAGAGUCAACCACAAGCACAUCAUAUUGAAGCGCCAACGAUGCAACAGAAGAACCCUGUAGCACUGUCGCAUCUCACUGUGGAACUAUAUCUACGUUUAUAAAAUCAAAAAUGGUGCAUAGAAUGGGACGAGAAACCGAGACAGACACCAGCACACCAUACAUGGGCAUGACAUCACGGGGAAAAAAAAAGCUAGUAACAAGCUUUCAUUGUUGUCUGAAUAAACACAAUCGUAUAGCCAUAAAAAUAUCUCAAAUGUGCCACAAGGCCAAUGUUUUAACCAAAGAGUACUAGAUCUACUGUAUUUACUCGCAUAAUGAUCACACUUCUUUGUAAAAAAAAUGACGCAAAUUCAGGGAUGUGAUCAUUACGCGGGGGAAAUUUUCCGCAAAAAAAUAUAUAUAUCUUUUUUUUUAUGACAACAGGGCGACAAACACGCAGCUGCCGCUGUAACAGUGCAGGACACCAAAAUGAAAAUGGCGGCCUGUGGAGCAAGCCAAACGUGCCAAAUGCAAUUUGGCGCGUUUUUUUUUUUUUUUUCUUCUCAUGUGUGCAUUGCGUACAUUAAAACAGUUUCUUCUGUGUCAGUAAUGAAUAAUAUCGCUAAUAUCGGCAAGUUUGCGACAGUAACGUAGCCAUGUCCACUUUGAGGGGACGGAAACAGAGAUGGUGGCACUUAACUGCCAGCGAUGUAGAAACACAUGGCAGGCAUGCUGCGAAAACUGCGGCAUUUGUCUUCACUACUAUCUUAAUACGGCGCGUUUCCGGUAAGCGUGGGCGAAUAUCUUAGCUUUGUUACAAACAUAGGCAUAUGAAUAGGGUACACUUCUAACAUAUCAGUGUAAACGUUGUUACUAUCGUUGCCGCUCGCGAUUUGUUGCGUGCCCACAAGUGCAGACGAGAGGAAUUGAAAGGCGCCUUUUUUGUUGUUGACCACAACCAUUAUAAAGCCUACAAAUAAUAAAGCCAAGGCAGGUUUGGUUGUAGCUUUUCAUGGAAGUGUAGAAAGUGAUGAAAGGAAUGAAAUGGGGCAUCUGCUUAAGAAUGUUUGGUGUGUGCUGUGCUUGAUAUGUGUUGAAGAGUCGUUCGCAUAGCAUUCAACAGCAUUCGACAGAUGGUAAGCGCUACCAUCAUUAGUUAGACUUGGCACACGACAUAUCGCUGCGACAAGUUUGAGGUGCGAUCAUUACAAAGGAAAGAAAAAAAAUUGAAUUUCCACGACAAAAUUCAGGGUUGCGAUCAUUACACGAGUGCGGUCAUUAUGCAAGUAAAUAUGGUAGUUUUGACAUGCCGUCAUCGCCAGUAAAAAUGAAUUCCAUGCCAUCAGUGGUAAAUGCCUUGGCGCCAUCUGAUGUCUGGAAGUCAAACCACUUUCAUGACUCCAUGGCCUCCGAGAUUGUGCACGCACAUGCAAUCUCGGAUACUUUGUACUCAGUAUGAAAUGAGACGAAGCAAAGGCCGAUUUUACCAUUUAGUAUUUCUUGCUGUCACAGAGAACAGCAAGUAACGAUAGUGAAUUCGGUUAAAAGCAGGCGCACUGGUUACUGUUAUGUUGUUAUGUAAUCGUGUGAUAAAGGACGGGCUGUCUCGUGGAAUUCCAGUCAACAAGCGCAAUUUUCGGAAGCAGCAGAAAAUGCUGUGUACAUGUGAGGUCUUGGAAUGCUGUCGUUUGUUUCUUUGCUUGGUUUCUGGCCCUGCUGUUGCAUUUUAGGAAGUCAUCAAAUGCAGUCAUCGACUAAUAAUUUAGAAUUGGCAGGGACUGCCUGAAAGUCUGAGUAAUCAAGAGUUCUAAAUCAUGAAUUUCUCCGAAAACAAAUGUCUUUAUUCCACAAGCAGCCAGAAAACCUUGUCAACAUGUUGCUGUACUACAUACGCAUACGUGCUACCUGUUCUGUCAGUAUUUAUUAGGUUUGUGCACAUAUCAAUUUUAUAUUGAUGUGCCAAUUUUGCCUCAAGGUGUGGUUUCACGGCAGCAUCGCACACAUUUCCGUGUAACUAUUUCAGUGGGCUAUAUGCAAAAAUUUUUGUUUCUUUUGGGGUUGUUGUAUUUGUGGCUGUAGCUUAUAUGCAGAAAAAUGUGCAUAAUAGUUGUUUUUAAUGCUUAGAAAACUUUUGAAUACUGAAAUUCAAGCUGUAACAAAUAUAGAAUAGCAUAAUAUUUGACGAAAUAUUCAAAAAUAUUGAAUAUUUACACAAGCCUAGUAGUUAGAUCAUUGUCAUGCUGUCGAUCCAUUUGUCAAAAUACAGUCAGUGUAUGCACCAAUUCUUCAUCCCCUUGCAGCGUGAACAAAAGUCGACUGUGCUCCAAUAGGCAAAUGAUUGCAGGUUUCUUUAGAGUCGCCGUUUCACAGCACUUCAUUCACAUUAUUACUGCCCUAAUCGACGUGACAUAGAGGGUGGAGUAGGUGUCAUUUGAAGCUUCUUGACAAUUCUGAGUGAGAAAAAUUCAUAACAGCAGGCAGUGAAGUCACCUGACACCGUGUUGCUAUUUAACUUGUAAGGGAACAAGCACUGUGCAUGCAGAACACACACAACAAAUCGCCAAUGCUGACCUUUUUUCAGAACUUAUUUCAAAACUCAUUGGCUUCACUAGGGCUGGCUUGUCUUGAGGUUUAGGCAUGGCCAGAAACUACUGGCUUUGCUAUUUUAAAUUUCAAGGAGGCACAUGCAACAUAUCAUAACAAAAACAGUUGUGCAGGCGAAGUCUGAAUUAUAGAAAAACGUGCUGUAAGGAGACCAAAAGUUUUUAAGUUAGUGAUUGUUCAUGCAUUCCAAGGUGGGAUUUCUUUUUUCUUGAAAGUUUGCUCUGUAGCAUAAAGUGUACGAAGCAUGCUAUGUGUACAUGGAACUUUCUUUUUGCUGUAGCUAAUGCUCAUGCCUGUGCCCCCCACCAAAUUUUCAUUGCGCUGGAGUCUGUUUGAGCAGAAUCCAAGGUGAACUUACAAUAUUAUUGUUCUUACUAGCCGCUUUAGAACCUGACAUUAGCCUCCUACAGUUCCGUUAAUUCGACCUUGAUGGGGCCAGUAGGCUUUACCGAAUUAUCGAGUGGGUCGAGUUAAAUGAGAUGCAGGAAAAAGAAAAAACGAAAUACACUGCUGGUUCAUUCGGCAAGACUUGCCCGGUACUAGCACACCCCCAAAAAAAACACGCACCCAUUUUAUAUGGGCACAAAGUAAAAACACCUAUGUAGAAAUAACAUUGAAGCUGCUAAAGAAAGUAGAAAUUUAAUGUGCACUGAUAGUUCAGCGAGAAAAACUGGCAAGGAUCUAAUUGUAUUUUCCGGUCUAUAAUCGCACCUUUGUAUAAGUCGCAGCCCCCCCCCAAAAUGGCAGUUUUCCCCCCACAAAAAAUAUAAAGAAAACGUAUAUAAGUCGCAUCUGUGUAUAAGACUCACCUGUUCAUUCGUUAAGCGAUUAAAAGAAGUACAGUGACAUUUCAAAUCGUGAACGCAGGUUCGCUCCAGGUGCAUUUCUGCCGUCGUGGUCGCCGUGAUGUUGCACAUAAAGUCUACAUCGUCCCCGCGCGCCGUAUGCUGCAUGUGCAAGUGAAAGCAUGCGAAAGCGUAGUUUGCGCUGCAGCACGCGCCGUAUCUUGAAAGCAGUCUGCAGAUUCUACAAUUUCGGAGUCUGUACUCGCGGUCAGCCUGCAGCCGCUUGCGUUGCUGCUCCGUCCUUCUCACACAGCUCUCGGUAACCCGAUCACGAGAAGAACCCGGUACCUCCAUAGCGGGCACACAACCUGUAGCAACAGCCAGAGAAUGUCAACCCAGCGCGCUUCGCGUGGCCAUAGCAUCCAAUACAAUUUUUACGUCAGUUUCUUAAAAAAAAAAAGAACUAAAGAAAUAGAAAACGUAUAUAAGUUGCACCGUUCUAUAAGAAGUAUGAACGAAAAGUUCCUAAAAAAACUCUACUUGUACACCAGAAAAUAUGGCAUGUGUUAGAACCAUGGCAGCCGUUUCCUAAAGUCAACUUUACCACACUGUUAUUUAAAGUCAGCUUCGCCGCUAUUCAUCUGUUAUGCGGUAAAGCAUACAAAUGCCACAAAGGCGAUUUUGGUUUUGUAUCCGAUUGCACCGUGCAGCCAAUUUCUGGCCCAAAACAAAAAAAGAAGCAUGCAUGUUAUAAUAGAGUAAAAACCGUAGUCGGACAUUGUGAGCUAUGGUCAUUGCUUGGAAAUAUUCCUAGAGAAGGGCAAAAAUAGGCAUUUUCCACGGGAUGUGAUGCAUGUUCAAUGUCCUGACUGUCCCCUAAGGUCCGCCGAGAUAGACGUUGCUGCUAAAGGAGUCACUAUUGGGGUUACCAUAAGGGCCAAGCACAUGGGUGCUGACUGGUCAAGUUUGAAUUAUCUGGCAAAGGCCGGUUUUGGGAUUGAAUAACAGAAGUUCGGCCCAUAGAAAUGCAUGGGUACCGGCUGGGACUUUCAGUCAUUAUUGAAUUAACUGAAAAAUCUAAUUGGCCAUAGUCGAACUUAUGGAAGUCUGAAAGCAGUAGCUGUCCAGCUGCAAGACUAUCUCAAACUGGAGCCAUGCUUUGAAGCUCACAUUAUAUCUAGUAAUGCUCUUACUACAGGAAAUUACAAUUAUUUAUGCCAAAAGAAACCACUCUGACAUUAGUGUUUCAGGUGUUCAGUUUUAUGAGAUAAUAUUGUCAUCUAAAAGAGAGGUUAAAGGCAACUGCCCUCUGAAACUUAGAUCUGAUCGAAAGAUCCUUUCUGUCAUCAUAAAAGCCAUCUUUAUGUUUUUGGUAUGAUGCCAUUAAUAAUAGCCUGCCAAUAUUAAUGCCUUUAUAUCAACACAGACUACGAGCUUUAGCUUGCCUCAUGUCACUUCUGCAGGUUAUUUGCAUAUUGUUAGCACUAAAGCUGUGUACAUAUUUUUUUUUUUACUAUUUUACAUACCGGAAACCUUACUAUUUCAGUUCUUACUAUUUUAAUUACAAACAGGCUUUAGGGUCAUUCCACGGCAACUGAUCCAGACUUGGUGCUCGACCAUCUUUGAUUUCUUAAAAAUAAAAUCAUGACUUAUUGUGUCACUGUGACAAACAUUAACCCCGUUUGCUUUUGGUGAAAAAAUUUUUCACACUGUGGCCGCCAUCUUAAAUUUGCAAGCGGUCGCAAAACCUAGUCUAACAAAAAAAAUGCACAAAAUAAGCAUUUUUACCAAUAACUGAAAUUUUUUUCAUACAUAUAAAAGAGUUUUUUUUUUAUAUGUAUAUAUGAACUUGAACUGAUUUUGUUAAAUUUUUGAUUGAAUAUAAAACAUGGAAGACAGUACAAAAAGGUGGAAAUUUGAAAUUUUUAAUGAAAUUUGAUGUUCUUACAGUAGUCAUUCCAGCUAUUUCUGUAAGUUGUCCAGAAGGUGAAGAAGCCGAUGAAAAUGUUUCAUAGAUCAAAAUACAUAACGGGUGUAAACAAGAAUAUUCCAAACUUGAGAAAAUUUGCUUUUUGAGGCAUAUUCAGCCGUCAGUUACAUAGUGAAGUGGUCGUAGUAAAGAUAUGCAAAAUAGCAAGUUGCACAGUACCAUUCAUUGGCAUUGAUUUCUGAAAGUUUAAUCUGAACAAUUUUUGUUUUAGGCGAGAAAAUAAUUCUGAAAUUUGAGUCCUUGCGUUCAACCCCAGCGUUGCUUUUGUGCUGUGUGCAAGUAAUUCAUGGAAUGUUGUAUUCAAUGACCUAUAGCUAAGGCCCCCGUAUGUUAUGAGUCCCGACUGUGUAAAUGUUACUCAUUAGUGCCUUGAGAUAUUUUCCUGCACCUCUUCAUCUGUCUUACGGUUUCCAUAUUUUACACGUGCUGUGUUGCAUGUUCAGCAUAGCAUCUGCAAUGCCAUGAAAGCAAACCCACCUCGUCACACCUGCUGUCAAAGGGAAAUGUUUUUGUUUAUUAGUAGGCUUUUCUUCUUUAUUCGUUAUCACCAGAAUACCAUUUGUUUCUUGCAUCAAGAGUGCACUGCAAUCUCACUUACGUGUAAACAUUUCUGCAGCCUAAAUUCACGAGUUCGACAACUUGUACUCACUCUGGUGACAAGAAAAAAUGCAUGCAAGUUCCAUUACUAACUUGGAGCUUAUGACACAUACUGCUUUAAGCCUGUAUUUCUUAACUAUAUAGUACUAUGUAUUUCUUGCUAAGGUGCCUCUGAUGGGUGCUGCCAGUAUCUAGUUCUUUAAGCCUUGAGAAUACGUCAUGUGUGUUUUGUUAUAUUUUCUAUAUGAGGAUGCAAACACAGUAAUAAGCCGAAGGCUCGUCAAUGUAACAAAUGCAUUACUUUUUACUCACAAACCUGGACCAGAGAGCUAUAGCCCUUAUCCAUGCAUACUAGGUCCUCUUCCUUUGUGUGCUAUGAAGUGCACUUAAAGGUACAUUGACACAAAACAUUAGUUCUAGCUCGAUUUAUAAGCUGUACUACAGAAGUAGCACAUAGGUUGAUCGAACUCGGAGCAGAGGUUUGGUUUGUGUAAAAUUAUGUUACAGCAAAAGAUGAAUGGUAACACUACCUUCAUGCUCCAAACGACUUCCCAAGGUGCCACAGUCUGUGUAAACCUGUGACACCUAGGGAGGUCUUUCAUGAAGCUAGAUUAUUUGUAAAAACUUAAUUUCAUUGAAUCAACAAGUAGAACAAAUUUCAACCUGGAAACCUUUGCAGUUUUGUCCUGUAUAGAAAGCACACAAACGUGUGAGAAGACUAUGAAAUUCCUGGCAUGAAGCAAUGAAAUAAUUGCUGCUAUUAUUAUUUUUUUCCAGAGAAAUUAAGAAAAAUAAAUUCAGCCUUCAAUCAAGAUUUUCUUAAUCAUUCAUGACUUCUUUCUUGUAGCACAUUUUUGUAGACAGAAUAGCAAAAGAGCAGUGCACUUGGCCUAGCCUGACUCGGCACUUUGCUUUGGGGCCCCUUUAAUGUAUUGCACUGUGUCUCCAGUAACUUGUGUAUCUUGCCUUAUAAGCUGUCAGGCCAUCGCCGAUAGAAUUUUGUUUUUCACUGUGUUUUUCAAGCAGCUUUCAGCAGCACUUUCAUUAUAAAUCAAAAAGCAAAUUGCACCACACUUUUCUCUGCUAGGCAUUUGCGUACAUUGGUUAAUUGGACAUUUGCUUCUAAUGUAAAUGCACAGCCUUCUGAAACUUGGGAGCUGUGUUAUAUGCAUGAAGCUAUAGUUCAUGAACUACUGCCUUUGCUUUACUCUGUUUCUCUACAACAUUUUUAUAAGGGAGACUUCCUUCUGGCUUUUCCAAUGUUAAUGGGAGAGAAUAGACAGUUCACCAAUUUAGCCACCACUGUACUGGUUAACAGAAGCUGGGAUCUUUUCGGACUGUAGUAAAAUAAUUGGUGUUCUUCAAACUUGUUUGUUUCAGAGCUCAAAUUGUCCUAACAUGAGCCAAUAAUAGGUUGAAUUGGAACAUUGUGUAGCUCUGGUAGUUCCAUUGUUUCUUAUCUAUAUAGUUGAGAAGGUGCUUUUGUGUGAACUGUGCGACUUGCAUGAUGUGUUUAAUAACUCCCUGCACAUUUGUGACCACUUUUAUUUAGGAUAUCUGCUAAUAUACUGAACACACACUUACAUCUAUGAUGUAAAAUGUUUCAGUACAAAGUAUUUUGUGGUUCCUAUUUAUUAUUUGAAUUGAACAAUUAUUUGUCUAAUGCUGUGUCUAUUACUUUUAUCCCCUGUGCCCAGCUACCUUGUUUUGACAUGUUCCUUUGCCUUUUGACUCCACUGGUAGGUAUUGUGUCUGUACAUUUAAUCUGCCUGAAUACUGUAGAUAGGCUGUGCAUCUUUGUCCCACCCUGCACCUUCACCAUAGCCAACAUAACUGAUAUAGAUAUGGCACUGCUGUUGAGGAACUGGUAUAGGAAGCAUGAAGUGGCAUCUGCCCUGGAAAGUUAGUGUGAUUUGAAAUGUGCUCGUUGACCAAGCAAGCAGUUUCUGAGCAAGUCUCUUCUAUGCUCCUGUCAUGACAUCAACAUUGUAAAGCAACACUGCUUUAUUUUAUUUGAUGUCUGUCAAAUCUCGCUAAAAGCUAACAAGUAUGCAUUGUGAGAGUUUACCUUAUCAGUAAGCUUUACAAUGUCAUAGCCAUGCCGUUAUUCCUUCUUGCAGUCUACUAGCAUCCCUUUCCUUUUCUGUUUUUCCAUGUUAAAUAACAUGUAAAAAGGCUGCUGUAGAUAUAUCAUCUUUAUCACCCAAUUUCCUUAUAUAAACUGCACAAAAUUUUAUGAGUGUGGCAGAUACUAAGACAUACAUGGUGACCAGCUUUGAAGCUGCUCGCUUGAUUAAGGAAACAUAUAUUGCAGUCUUCAUGUUUACUGCUAUAAGCAAUAGGGGGCACUGAAGGAAAAUGUGGAGUCAUGCUAGUUUUGUGAAUAGGUAUUUAGAAAAGGCAAAUAGGACACAUUAUUGAAAACAGGAUUUCAGUAUGCCAGAAUGGAAUGUGAAGCAAAAGAAUGGGGUUAAUGCCACUUUCAAGUUGCUGGAGUAGCUCCUUGUUAUGUCACAGGUAGAUGGUUGCAGUAAGGAAGUCUAACACAGUGGAAACAUUUUAGUGGCAGGCAUAUACCAGGAUGUCAGGAGAGACAUCUGGGAACAGCAGUGCUGGUGCAUUAUCCUGACAGUUUAAUUGUUUGUAAUGCACUAGUGUAGUUCUCAAAGUGUUCAAGGUAACCAGUGAUUGCAAUAAAAUUCCUAGACGUUUUCAUUGAAAUGACUAUCGCAGACUCGCCACCAGUGCACUGCUCACAUUUGUGCUUUCAGGUGUUCCUCUAUAUGUCUGCAGUAGUACACAUCAGUUUUAUAAAUGCUCUUAGUGGUUGGCUGUGUCUAGCUAUUGUUAAUAUAUUGGAUAAUUGCAGACCAUUAGAAAAUAAAAUAAAAUUGACCCUGACAGUUCUGGGGGGAUUUAACUGCAGAAAAAAGGCACAAAACUAGUGGAGAGUGUUCCACAAUAUGUUGACACUAUACAAUAUGACAUUGCUGCUUUAGCUUGGUUGCAUCACAAAUUCAGAAAGGAUAGUUUGGCUUCAAUUGCAACUUUCUAUGCUAAUAAAUUGCCUUCUGCUAAGAAAUUUCCAAAAGAACAACCUUCCUGUUAAGCCUUUGGCAUCCCUUUAAUCAGGUAAGUCUAGAAGCAUCUACCAAAAACUGAACUUUAUAAAUUUUGCAUGUAAAUGCCACAAAUCUGUGUCAAGAUCGACACAAACUGCCAUGUCACCAGAGCUGUGAACAAUGACACCAUAUUUUAUUGGGGACGUAGGUUCUGUCAACUCUAUCAUAAUCAUGUAGGGGGUUUCUGUGUUACAUUACUUGCUUCUAUUUCUCUCAAUCAUUCAGUGUUUCCUCUGGUUCUUAAUGCUUUAGGCAUUUAUCAGCAUUUUCACAGGACCUUUCUUUAGGAAGACCUCAGUUCCUCUUGCCAAGUUUUUGUCCUUGUUUUCUUCCCAGUGUAGUGAUGUUCCCUUCUCAUCCUUAUUUCAGCCACUUGCAAUGUUAUGAGAAUUAACAUUCUUUGCUGAAAUCAUUUUACUUGCUACAGCAUUGUUGGUUGUAUGAUUUGGUUGUAAGCUUGCUCCUUUAACCUUGUUGAAAUAGAGCUCCCAAAAUGUCCUUCCUAUUCUUCUGUCCUGCUUGAAUUCUCUUUACCACCUCUCUUUCUAUUCUGUGCUUUUCCUUGUAGCAUUGUCUAAAGUAUAAAAAUAAGAAAAGUAUAAGAAACCACUCUUUGGCAUGGAUCUUGACAUGCCCCUGGCCAACACACUUAUGCAGUGUUGUGGGGAAGGAAAAAAACAAACUUGCAAAAGCAAUGGGCUGUGCCAUGAGAGAUGUUGGCAAAACAGCAGGUGCCAAAGGCUGCAAAGUGCAUAGGUGGAAAAAAAAAAGGGUCUGAAUUACUAUUUGAAGCUGUUGGAAGAAAUUUGACAGUGGUAUUGCCCCCAUCCUAGUUUAAUGGCACCUUUUGCCCACUUGCUCUGGCUCGCGUCUUAGGAAAUGUCGCAUAUUGUUUAUGCCAUGAGAGCAAGCUACAAUUUUAGCCUGAGUUAGUUUUUUUUCUUUAGUGCCCCUUUAUGCUGUAAGUUGUGUCACAGUAAAGAACUGAAUUGAGCCACUGUAGUUAUGCUCCAAGAACUUCCUUCAAAUAUCUUGGCAUGUGUAUAUGUUAGUGUAUGUGUUUUUGUUAUCUUAACAAGACAAAAAUGUGUUUGUGAGAAUUGUAUAUAACAUUAUUUAUUGGGGAGACUGUUUUUAUGUAUAAAAUGGUGGUGAAAUGCCGUAAUACAAUUGCAGUUUUAGUUUCGUCUAUGCUGUCUUCCAGAUUGUUUUUGGGGCAGGAACUUUUUUCCUCUAUAAAGAAAGUUUUAAGGUAUGUUGAGAUUUUUAUGUGUGUUUACUAUGACAAGUCAUGUUCAAAUUAUGUAUAUAUAUAUUUUUACAGGCUGUUUCAGCUGACUUUAGCCAGAGCUUUAAAAUAUGCCAAUGCACUCUAAGACGACGCUACCAAAUGCAUGUGUCUCACAUCAGUAUGUAGUGUGUCAUGCUAUUUUUGUAUUUUGCUUAAUUAGAUGAUUAGUCAAGAUUAAUUAACCAACUUGUGAAGCAACGAAGUUAGGCCGAAAAUUCCAAUUAAAAAGUUGCGCUUUGCAAAACGUCCAAUUAGACAGUUUCUAACUCUCUAUUUAAAGUUUUAGCAUUUUUCAGCCUACUGUGGACGCCUGGAAAAUAAAAAAAAAUACCACGUGACAUACCCGCUUGCGCGCCGUGAUUGCAUCGCUCCCAAACUGUCCGCGUACAAACGAACAUAGCAUCCAGCAGGGCGUGCGGCCACUUAAAAGGCGACAGGGCAGUGACGAAGGCGUUGGUUGUGUGAUUUACGCCAGCGAUGUGCUUUCCUCGCGACGGUUCAUGCUAACGAUAAGCAGACGCAGCGGCAGCACACUUGGCUAAAUGCCAUCUUCGUUUGUGCGCGGAACGCUUGGGAGCAGUGCAAUCACAAUGCGUAAGCGGGCAUGUCACGUGGUGUUUUUUUUUGUGUGUGUGUAUUUCGCGGGCAUCCGCAGUAAGCCGAAAAACACUAAUACUUAAUAGAUAGAAAGACAGAAACUUAAUUCAGACGUUUUGCCAACCACUCUACAACUUUCUAAUUGGAAUGUCGUUCUUAGCUUUAUUGCUUCAGAAGUUGGUUAAUCAAUCUUGACUAAUGAUCUAAUUAAGCAAAAUAAAAAGAUAGCGUGACACACUACGUACGAAAGUGAGCAACAUUCAUUUGGUAGUGUAGUCUUAGAGUGCAACGGCAUAUUUUAAAGCUCUGGCUAAAGUUAGCUGAAACAUCCUGUAUAUACACACAUAUUGUUAUAAUUGUACAAGUGCUCUUGAACUGCUGGUUUUAUGGCAACUCUGUCAUCUAAUGAAUGCUGUUUGCCAAGCCUCAGCAAAGUGCCUUUGGAAUUCCUGCUGCUAAUAAAUGAAUAUUUUGGGAUCACUGUA